AUGCAGCCGUACGAGCAGCCCGUACUAGAUCGCGUCUUGACAGACUACCACUCUCCUUCAUCUGGGUAUCCGCGUCCUCGGCAAAGUCUCGAGGCUUUUACUACAAUUCCCUUGUCCAAGACUAUUACCAACUCUUCCACAAUUUCUUCAAGUUCUACGACCAAUCUUCUCCCACAUGACUCCACUUCGUUUCGACGGGCAUCGCGCUGGCCAUGGCAGAACUCCAGCGGUUCUCCUGAUCGCGAGAAACUGUUCCACACGCCGUCUUCAUCUACGGAUUCCAAACUUGAACCCAAGAUGAAGCCUUGGCAGGGGUGGACGACUGUACUCUUUGGCUCAUGGAUUAAUGUGUUGUUUGUCUUCUUCCCCGCAUCCUGGCUUGUGAACGCUCUCGUUGAGAACUCGGAGACACUUGUCUUCACGUUCUGUAUCUUCGCGAUGAUCCCACUUGUGAGGCUUCACGACUUGACAAUGCGAGAGCUCUCGCUCAGGAUGGGCGGAGCGAAGACGGGAUUCAUCAACGCGAGUUUGAGUAACCUCAUUGAGCUGGUUGUCGCCACGACAGCGGUCCGCAAGUGCCAACUUCGCGUUGUUCAAGCAUCCCUCAUUGGCUCCCUUCUUAGCAAGCUCCUGCUUGUACUUGGUCUCUGCUUCUUCGCUGGCGGCUUGCGCUUUACGCAACAGGAAGGAUUCGACCCGACUACAUCGCAGAUCCAUUCAAGCUUGCUCAGCAUCAGUGUUGGCGCAGUUCUCAUGCCGGCGGCCUACCACUUCUCCCUGAGCGGCGGUACCAACAACGCGUCAGACUUCCAAAAGACCAACAUUCUCAAGAUGAGCCGCAGCGUGGCCAUCAUUCUUCUCGUCGUCUAUAUGCUAUAUCUCGCUUUCCAGUUCUACUCUCAUAGCUAUCUCUUCAAAGACAAUAGCACCAGCGCGCGACACGAAGUCAAGAACCCUUUGCAAACUAUGCGUUCCUUCCGCUCCAUGCGUACAGGAGCGUCCACUCCAGAGAAGAAGUCCAGGCCGAGUAGUCCGACCGACACAGUCACUCUGCGCUACUCUAAGUCUGGCACGCUCAACACUCCAACGGGGGCACCGAUGCUUUCACCAUACUCUUCUGCAUCGGAUAUAUCGCUGCCUUUGACUGGAUCUCCGUCGACAGACAGUGAGGACUCCACCACUCGCGUCUACGGCAGAACAACGGCCGCGCAGCCAGCUCCGACGCAAGGUGCCACUGUCAGGCUUGUACGCCUUCACGGGUCACCAGUUCCUGCUACACCACUUCCCAACGACACUCGUCAUCCCAGUCCAGUACGACUUGACGAUGCUCCAGAGAUCGCAGCGCUCGAGGCUGCCGGAGACGCAGAGGCGUUGUCCCACCAUCCGCGAUUAAGCUACCCCGUGACCAUCGUGACUCUUAUUCUCGCUGCUGUGUUGGUCUCGCUCAAUGCCGAGCGCCUCGUUGAGGCGUUGGACAUGAUGGAGGAGACAAAUCCGAAUAUCAGCACGGAAUGGAUCGGUCUCAUUGUGCUCCCGACUGUCAGCGUCAUCGCCGAAUGCAUCACCGCCAUGAACGUCUCGCGGAAUGAUCAGUUGACGCUCAGCAUUAGCGUUGCGGUCGGCUCUUCUAUCCAAACCGCUUUGUUUGUGAUACCGCUAAUGGUGAUCUUUGGCUGGGUUCUUGACAAGCCCAUGGCGCUCCUCUUUGAUCCGUUUGAAUCAGUGGUACUAUUCAUCUCAGUGCACACAAUGGGUUACGUUAUCGCUGAUGGCAAGUCUAAUUGGUUGGAGGGCGCUCUUCUCAUCUGUCUCUACGUCAUCAUCGCUGUGUCCUUCUGGUUCUACCCUGGCUCGACGUUCUCAAGCACUCUCGGAGUGUGCGCGGUAGACCCGACUACAGUCUGA